CGCCCGGUGAUGUAGGCAGCCCGGGGAGGUGGAGCCGCGACGCCUGGAGGAGUCCCCACCGCAGCCGCGCUCCUGGUCUACCCUACCGAGCAGCCGCCAGCCCCGGCUCCGGCGACCUCCCUGCCGCCGCAGUUUGGGCAGCGGGGACCGCGAGAAUCCCCCCAUUCGGUCUUUUGUGGGGGGCGUGCCUGCUACCCCCUGCCCGCCCCUGCCCUUCCCUGCUUCCCAGACGGCUGGAAUCACUCCCGGGGGAAGCUAUUCCUGGCCGCCCGAGCAUCUCGGCGGCCAGCCCGGCUGGGCACCAGACAUCUGCGAAGCUAGCCCCGCCCGGCACUGGGCAUCUCGGGCACCGUCUAUCGCCGGCGCCGCCCAGCUUCUCGCCACUCCGGGGUGGAGGGCUUCUGCACACUUCCCCUCCCCCCAGCCGCCGGGCAGGACGCCUGCGAGUCCCCGGCGCCCCUGGCCCCUUUGGCCGCAGCGAUGCUGCCCUGGAGACGGAACAAAUUCGUGCUGGUGGAGGAUGAGGCCAAGUGCAAGGCGAAAAGCCUGAGCCCCAGGCUCGCCUACACGUCGCUGCUCUCCAGCUUCCUGCGCUCCUGCCCGGACCUGCUGCCCGACUGGCCGCUGGAGCGCCUGGGCCGCGUGUUCCGCAGCCGGCGCCAGAAAGUGGAGCUGAACAAGGAGGACCCGACCUACACCGUUUGGUACCUGGGCAACGCUGUCACCCUGCACGCCAAAGGCGACGGCUGCACCGACGACGCGGUGGGCAAGAUCUGGGCGCGCUGUGGGCCGGGCGGGGGCACCAAGAUGAAGCUGACGCUGGGGCCGCACGGCAUCCGCAUGCAGCCGUGCGAGCGCGCCUCCGCGGGGGGCUCGGGGGGCCGCAGGCCGGCGCACUCCUACCUGCUGCCGCGCAUCACCUACUGCGCGGCGGACGGGCGCCACCCGCGCGUCUUCGCCUGGGUCUACCGCCACCAGGCUCGCCAUAAGGCCGUGGUGCUGCGCUGCCACGCCGUGCUGCUGGCGCGGGCGCACAAGGCGCGCGCCCUGGCCCGCCUGCUCCGCCAGACCGCGCUGGCGGCCUUCAGCGACUUCAAGCGGCUGCAGCGCCAGAGCGACGCGCGCCACGUGCGCCAACAGCACCUCCGCGCCGGGGGUGCAGCCGCCUCGGUGCCCCGCGCCCCGCUGCGCCGCCUGCUCAACGCCAAGUGUGCCUACCGGCCGCCGCCGACGGAGCGCGCCCGCGGAGCGCCGCGCCUCAGCAGCAUCCAGGAGGAGGACGAGGACGAGGAGGAGGACGAGGACGAGGAAAACGCGGAGGAGCGCGAGGGAGGAGCCCCGCAUGGCGAGCGGGCCGAGGUGCUGAGCCUGGCGCGGGAGCUGAGGACGUGCAGCCUGCGGGGCGCCCCGCCGCCGCCGCCGCCGCCUCCCGCACAGUCCCGCCGCUGGAAGGGCGGCCCCCGGGAGCGCGCGGGCCAGGCCCGCUGAACUCACAGCCUCGAAUCCGGCUGCCUCAGCGGCUCCCCUGGCCCCCGACCCCGCCUCCCUCGUGGUCUCAGUUGUGAUCGCCCUGUCCCUCGUCCUGGCUCAGGGUGACACCUGACAUGCCCUUGAUUAUUGGGGUUGGGGUACCCCCCUUUCUCCAUGCCCGGAGUUUUCCAGGCUGUCCAUUGUGGAAGUGUCCCCGUGCUUUGCACCACGUCUUUUUGUCCACCCACUUCCCUGCUUUUUCCAAAACAUCCUCUCAGGAGAACCAGGGAGAAGUUUCUAGAAAUCCAGAAGGUGGCCCUGGUCAGGGCGGAGGCAGUGGCCUUGCCCUUGGUUCCCUCUAGUCUUCUUGUGAUAAGAACCAACUGGAGAGGCCUUGUAGGUGCAGAAUCCAGUGGCUGGGGAGAAUUGAGGCCAGGUCCCUGAUGGGUGCUGAAUCUGGGGUCAUAAACAGAGGCAGGAAUCCUGGACUCUGCUCAGCCUCUCUACUUGUUGGAGGACUCCUGGAACUUCACUGCUCUGCCUCAGGAGAAGACUAGGCUGGGCCUACUGAUGUCCAAAGGAUAGGCUGGGCUGGUAACAGCUCUGACAGUGCUGCGCAAGCCAGGGCCUUGCACUCCCACAGGAUCACCCCUUCUCUGCAGACAGAUAAGUAUGAACCACUCUAGGUGUCCCACAAACAGCACCAAGAUGGGCCUCCAGAAGGCGGUAAGGGAACCUUCAGCAGAUGUGUGGAGAUGUGGAGACACAGAUUCCCCAAGAGAGAUGCUCUGAUGUGCAAGUAUGGCUUGAUAGCAGCUGGAUUCACAUAGCGAGAUGAGGGAGGAGGGUGUGUCCCCCCAACAGAGGGAGUGGGCUCCUGCCCAGCAGUCUCCACAAGGUCACCAAAAAUCCAAAGAUCUACAUGUCACCAACUGAUCAUUGUAAAUAAAACGGAUCUGCUUUUUCAGCCCUGUCA